AUGGUAAAAGUUUAUGUAGAGUAUCAUAAGUAUACUUCGUAAAAGGAAUAAAAAAGUGUUGCCUAUUGAAUACUCACAAAUUGCUGUUGAAGAAAAGCCAUUCACACCUAGAAAUAGACUAAAUUCUAUUGAAGAUGCAAAAAAGCCACAAGACAGCUUUAUCAUGACUCUCUCAACUGAACCUGUUGAGCAAAUUCAAAUUGAUCAGCCUUCGCCCUGUAAAUAUAAGAGGAUUUGACAAAGAAUGAAAUGAAAAGUGAUGAUGGACAUUCGAAUGAAAGGCUUGAUAAACGAUAUCAAGAAAUAUGGGACGGACGACAGUGCCUUUUUCUUUUCAAAAAAUGAUAGCUGCUCUCAAGAUGAAUAUUAUCAGAAAAAAGCGGACACAGUUCUUCAUUCCGCUUACUCCAGUCGUGAUAAUCCAGUUAUUCCAAAAUACAUCAUUAAUCCCAGUGGCUGAUUCAAAUUACUCUGAGAUUUCUAUAUAGCUUUUUGGCUUUUAUAUACAGCAGUAGUCACUCCAUUUGUGAUUGCUUUUCUAACAACCUCUGUGAUGGAUGCCUGGUUUUGAAUAGAUUUUGCCACAGAUAUUUCCUUUUUACUGGACACUCUAAUUCACCUAAACACUGCUUACUUCAAUAAAGACGACAUUCUUGUGACUUCCAGAAAAAAAAUAUUUUAUAAUUAUUUAUUCGGGUGGUUUCUUAUUGACUUGUUUGCUUCAAUUCCAUUUGGGAUGAUAGAAGUUGUCAUGGCAACUGAUACUAAAAGUUCACUUAUGAAUCAGCUGGUGAAGCUUUUAAAAAUAAAAUCAUUGCCAAGGCUAUUUAGGCUAACAAAGCUUACAAAAAUGCUGAAACAGCAAACUUCAAGUCAGAAUUUUGAAAAUAUCCAAAUAAUAUUGAAUAUUAAUCAUAGUAUAACAAGACUUGUGGGAGCUUUAUCAGUGAUUGCUAUUUCAUUGCAUUUGGUGGGGUGUAUGUGGUUUUAUACUGCAAGAUUUGAUGGCUUUACUCCAGAGACUUGGGUAGUGAGGCUUGGAUAUAUUGAUAGUUCUGUAUGAGACCAAUAUCUUACCUGCAUCUACUGAGCCAUGACAACUUUAGCAACCGUGGGCUAUGGUGACAUAAAUGCAUAUACAACCUUUGAAAAAUUCAUUGCUAUGGUCUGAAUGAUCUGUGGAGUCUAUUUUUUAUCCUUCAGCAUUGGUAGCCUUUCUUCAAUGUACUCGAAUAUUGAUAUUAUGAAGAACCUCAUCGAUCACAAAAUCCAAGUUUCAGACGAUUUUGCAAGAGAAACUAAUGUUUCUAAAGAUAUCAAGCAUAAAAUGAUAAAAACUAUUAGAAUUAGAACUGAAAAAGUUGCGAUUUCUUCUGAUGAUAAAGAAGAGCUGCUUAACGAGUUUCCUAAAAAGUUGAGAUAUGACAUAGCAUUAAGUAUGCAUAAAGGAAUUAUUAAAAAAUUUUCAUUUUUUACUUUGAAAGACUAUACUUUUAUUGCUGGGGUGGUACCAUAUCUACAGCCACUGAUGAUUGGGAUUAAUGAAAUGAUAUGUGCUAAAGGGGAGGUGCCUCAUACUAUUUAUUUUAUAUCAUCUGGGAGAGUGUGCUUUAUAUAUGGAUAUGAUAAUAUAGUGUAUAGGGUGUUGCAGGAAGGACAUUAUUUUGGGGAUGCUGAAGUUGUUAGAAAUGUGUUAAGAAAGUAUAAUAUAUGCGCAGAAACUGAUGUUGUUCUCUUACUCCCCCCCCUCCGUGAGUGAACAAAACAUUAGAAAAAUCGCCAUUUUUUGACCAAAAACCCACCCUCCGUGAGUGAACAAAAAUUUUUUUAAUACAAAAAUUUUUUUAUGGAAAAAAAUUUUAAUAUAUAAAUGAUAAUUUAGUAUAAUGAAAUCUAGAGCUAAAUCUAUUUAAUUUUGAACGAAUUGCUUUUUAAAACAUAAAUUUUUAUAAAUUAAAUUAAUAUUUGCUUUCCAAUUUUUGCGAAUUAGGAUUUUUCUAAAUUUCGAAAAAAAAUAUUUUUUAUAAAAUUUAUAUAUAAAUUUUUUAAAAAAAAAAAAAUUAACCCCCUCCGUGAGUGAACAAAAUUUUUUUGUUCACUCACGGAGGGGGGGGAGUUAGUAAUGACCAAGAAGGUAACUCUUACAUAGCUAAUUGAAAAAAUCCAAUUCGAGUUUCCUGCAGUCUGAAAAGAAAUUGUGCACUUUGCUGAUGAGAGAGAAAAGAAAAUUAUUAAAGCUCUUGCGGAAAUGAAAGCUUUGGUAAAAGCUAAUAAAAAUGGACUGAUAAAAACCUUGAAAGCAAUUGAGUUUAAAGAAAUAAUAGCAAAAGAGAUAUGUGAGAUUGAAAAAGAAAUUAAUGAAGAGUCUGAAAGGGAAGACUUUAAGUAUAGCGAAAAAAUGAAAUUUAAAGAAAUGGUCACGAUAAGCGAACAGUUGAAAGAAAAUACCAAAUUGAUUGACCGUUUGCAAGAUAUAGUGACAAAAAUAGAAAUUCGUGAGAAAAGACGAGAUUAUUUGCCAGAAAUAAAAAUCAGCACUUUGUCAACAGCGAGGAACUUUCCAGAUUUAAAUUUUGAGCUAUUGGAAAAGCAAAGCUCUAUAGGCUCAUUGGACACUCCAAACUCUUUCAAAAGCUAA